AUGAGGAAAACCUCAGAGGAUUGUCUCACUUUGUCUCCAGACUGGAAAGUAGAAGAUGAGGACAUCACACAGUAUAGUCCAGGAGAAAACCCGGCUCCCUCCAAUGUCCAUCCGGCACCACCCAGUGUAGAUGGACCAUCGGAUUCCUCGUAUCCUGAGGAACCUCAGACUGUGCGGGACCGGGCUGGCCUUCCAACAGAGAAGAGGUUCUCCUGUACUGAGUGCGGGAAAAGUUUCAAUUCUAAAUCCGGGCUUAAUAAGCAUAAAAAAUCUCACACAGACGAAAAGCCGUAUUCCUGCCCUGAGUGCGGGAAAUGUUUUGUAAAUAAAUCAAAGCUUGUCACACAUCAGAGAUCUCACACGGGGGAGAAGCUGAAUUCCUGUCCUUAUUGCGGGAAAUGUUUUUCAUGGAAAUCCAGUCUUUACAAACAUCAGAGAGUUCACACGGGGGAAGAGCCAUUUUUCUGUCCUGAGUGCGGGAAAUAUUUUUCACAGAAGUCCAAUCUUUAUAUUCAUCAGAGAUUGCACAAAGGUGAGAAGCCGUAUUCCUGUGCUGAGUGUGGGAAAUGUUUUUCACAGAAGUCCAACUUUUAUAUUCAUCAGAGAUCUCACACGGGUGAGAAGCCGUAUUCCUGUCCCGAGUGCGGGAAAUGUUUUUCACAGAAGUCCAAUCUUUACAUUCAUCAAAGAUUGCACAAAGGUGAGCAGCCAUAUUCCUGUCCUGAGUGCGGGAAAUGUUUUUCAAACAACUGUCAUCUCUUCAGACAUCAGAAAUCUCACACGGGGGAGAAGCCGUAUCCCUGUCCUGAGUGCGAAAAGGUUUUCUCACAGAAGGCCAAUCUUUUCAGACAUCAGAGGUCUCACAUGGGGGAAAAGCCAUAUUCCUGUCCUGAGUGUGGAAAAUGUUUUUCAGGAAAGUCCUAUUUUUACAAACAUCAGAAAUUACACACAGGUGAGAAGCCAUUUCCCUGUCCUGAGUGCGGGAAAUGUUGUAUACAAAAAUCAGAUCUUGUCAUACAUCAAAGGUCUCACACGGGGGAGAAGCCGUAUUCCUGUCCAUAUUGUGGGAAAUGUUUUUCACAGAAGUUCAGUCUUUACAGGCAUCAGAGAUUGCACACAGGCGAAAAGCCGCAUUCUUGUACUGAGUGUGGGAAAUGUUUUGUGCAAAAAUCUGAGCUCAAUGUGCAUAAAAGAUCUCACACGGGGGAGAAGCCGUAUUCCUGUCCUGAGUGCGGGAAAUGUUUUUCACAGAAGUCCAAUCUUUCCUUACAUCAGAGAUCUCACACGGGGGACAAACCAUUUUCCUGUUCUGAGUGCGGGAAAUGUUUUUCACACAAGUCCAGUCUUAGCAAGCACCAGAGAUCUCACACGGGGGAAAAGCUGUAUUCCUGUUCUGAGUGUGAGAAAUGCUUUGUACGUAAAUCAGAACUUGUUUUACAUCAGAGAUCUCACACGGGGGAGAAGCCGUAUUCCUGUCCUGAGUGCGGGAAAUGUUUUUCAGUUAAGUCCAAUCUUUACAAUCAUCAGAGAUCUCACACGGGGGAGAAGCCGUAUUCCUGCUAUGAGUGCGGGAAAUGUUUUAUGCGAAAAUCAGAACUUGUCAUACAUCACAGAUGGCACACAGGUGAAAAGCCGUAUUCCUGUCCAGAGUGCGGAAAAUGUUUUUCAGAUAAAUCCAAUCUUUAUCGUCAUCAGAGAUUGCACACAGGAGAGAAACCGUAUUCCUGUCCUGAGUGCGGGAAAUGUUAUUCAGAUCAGUCCAGUCUUUACAGACACCGGAAAUCUCACACGGGGGAAAAGCCGUAUUCCUGUCCUGAGUGCAGGAAAUGUUUUUUACAUAAAUCACAACUUGUCACACAUCAGAGGUCUCACACGGGGGAAAAACCGUAUUUCUGCCCUGAGUGCGGGAAAUGUUUUUCAGAUAAAUUACAUCUUUCCAGACAUCAGAGAUCUCACACAGGUGAAAAGCCGUAUUCCUGUCUUGAGUGUGGAAAAUGUUUUGUACAAAAGUCACAACUUGUCACACAUCAGAGGUCUCACACAGGAGAGAAGCCAUAUUCCUGUCCUGAGUGCGGGAAAUGUUUUUCAGACAAGUCAUAUCUUUCCAAACAUCAGAGAUUGCACACGGGUGAAAAGCCAUAUUCCUGUCCUGAGUGUGGAAAAUGCUUUUUAAAAAGAUCAGAACUUGUCAAACAUCAGAUGUCUCAUACAGGGGAAAAGCCUUAUUUCUGUCCUGAGUGUGGGAAAUGUUUUUCAGAGAUGUCCCAUCUUUAUAAUCAUCAGAGACUGCACACGGGGGAGAAGCCGUAUUUCUGUUCUGAGUGUGGGAAAUGUUUUGUACAAAAAUCAAACCUUGUCACACAUCAAAGGAUUCACACAGGGGAAAAGCCAUAUUCCUGUUCUGAGUGUGGGAAAUGUUUUAUUCAAAAAUCACUUCUUGUCACACACCAGAGAUCUCACACAGGUGAAAAGCCAUAUUCCUGUCCAGAGUGCGGGAAAUGUUUUUCACAGAACUCUCAUCUUUAUAGACAUAAGAGGUCUCACACGGGGGAAAAGCCAUAUUCCUGUCCUGAGUGCGGGAAAUGUUUUUCACAGAAGUCCCAUCUUUACACACAUCAGAGAUUGCACAAGGGGAGAAGUCACUUUCCUGUCCUGAGUGAGGGAAAUGUUCCUCACUGA